UCGCUGCAGCGGCUUCGACAUUAGCUGGUGUAUGGAUAACGGGAGCCUUUCAUGAAGACGGACUCGCAGAUUCUUUGGAUGCCUUUGGGGGAGGGUGGGGGCGCUUGCAAAUCUUGCGCAUUAUGACAGACACUCGCG